CACGUUUCAGAACCAGGAAAAAUUUCAGUUCAGCGAAAUCGAAACUAAACUGCUGUCGAAUUGAAUGUAUCUCCAUCUGUGAGUCCGUGCAGUAAAAUGGCAGAAUCCAGUGUUUCUUUGGCUCAGGAUGAGUUCAGCUGUUCAAUCUGUCUGGAUCUACUGAAAGAUCCAGUGACUAUACCCUGUGGACACAGUUACUGUAUGAGCUGUAUUACAGACUGCUGGGAUCAGGAUUAUCAAAAUGGAGUCUACAGCUGCCCUCAGUGCAGACAGACCUUCACUCCAAGACCUGUUUUAGGUAAAAACACCAUACUGGCAGAAGUGCUGGAGAAACUAAAGAAGACGAAACGCCAAGCUGCUCGUCCUGCUCAAUGUUACGCUGGAUCUGGAAAUGUGGAGUGUGACGUCUGUACUGGGAGAAAAUAUAAAGCCAUCAAGUCCUGUCUUGUGUGUCUGGAAUCUUACUGUCGAAAUCAUUUAAAACGUCAUGAAGAAUUUCACUCUGGAAAGCGACACAAAUUGACUGAUGCAACUGUACAACUGCAGGAGAUGAUCUGCCCUCAACAUGAUAAACUGCUGGAGAUUUUCUGUCGUACUGAUCAGCAGUGUAUAUGUUAUAUGUGUAUGGUAGAUGUACACAAAGACCACAACACUGUAUCAGCUGCAGCAGAGAGAACUGAGAAACAGAGACAGCUGAAGGAGAUUCAGAGAACAAACCAGCAGAGAAUCCAGGAGAGACAGAAGGAACUUGAGGAGCUGAAAGAGGCUGUAGAGUCUUACAAGCGCUCUGCACAGGCAGCAGUGGAGGACAGUGAGAGGAUCUUUACUGAGCUGAUCCGCUCCAUUGAGAGAAGCCGCUCUGAGGUGACACAGCUGAUCAGAGAUCAGGAAAAUGCUGCAGUGAGGCGAGCUGAAGGACAACUGGAGCAACUGGAGCAGGAGAUUGAAGAUCUGAGGAGGAGAGACGCUGAGCUGGAGCAGCUUUCACACACAGACAAUCACAUCUGUUUCUUCCAGAGUUUCCAGUCUCUCUCUGUUCCUCCUGGAUCUACAGACUCACCCAGCAUCACUGUUAGUUCUAUUCCAUCUUUUGAUGAUGUUGAAAAAUCUGUGUCUCAUCUGAGAGAGAAACUGGAGCAUUUCUGCAGAGAGGAGAUAGAAAUGUUAUCUGGUAGAGUGAGAAACAUCAACAUCAUUCCCACCUCUGAACCUGAGACCCGUGAGGAAUUACUCAAAUAUUGCUGUCAGCUCACUUUGGAUCCAAAUACAGUGAAUAAAAACCUGGUACUCUCUGAAGAGAACAGAGUGAUUGAAUACACUCGUGAAGAACAGCCGUAUCCAGAUCAUCCAGACAGAUUUGAUGGUUUUCCUCAGGUGUUGUGUAGAGAGAGUGUGUGUGGACGCUGUUACUGGGAGGUUAAGUGGAGUGGUUGGGUGGGUAUAUCAGUGUCAUAUAAGAGAAUCAGCAGGAAGGGAUGGGGAAAGGAGUGUGAGUUUGGUUGUAAUGAUCAGUCCUGGAGUUUGUACUGCUCUGACUCCAGCUGCUCAUUCUGGCACAAUAACGGUAGGGCGACACUCCCUGUAGUCUCCAGCUCCUCUAGAAUAGGAGUGUAUGUGGAUCACAGUGCAGGAACUCUGUCCUUCUACAGCGUCUCUGACACAAUGACCCUCAUUCACAGAGUGCAGACCACAUUCACUCAGCCUCUCUAUGCUGGGUUUUGGGCUAACAAAUAUUUGAAAGGACUAAUGUUUUUCUUUUCAAAAGCAACACUCUGUGAUCUCACAAUAUAGAUGGUAAAAACUUUCUGUUCUCAAGAUAUCAUAGCCAUGUUUUUAAUUUUGGCAUUUAUUCUUAUGUUUACCUCAAAUAUUAUCAGUACAAUAUUAAUUGAUUUAUUCACUGAUUUCAUUGAUCACUUGCAAUGAUGCUUAUUAUUUGUUAUGUAUGAAAUAGUCUUUUAAAUGUAAAUAACUGCAUUUAAAUUAACUGUGUUAAAUAACCAAAUCAUAUCCAUUUGUGGCUGUCAUAAUCCUAUUCUCUUGGUUAUAGCAAUUUCUAGAAAUCCCUUGCAUAAACAAACAACCUCUGAUUAUCAUUAUUAAAACAGAGGGAGCGCACACCAUUUUAACUUAAUGGAAUUAAAACUUAAAUUAAAGAUGAUUUGUAACACUACAUUUAUUGAGUGAAAAUGAGGAUAUGCAAGGUCAGUCUCAAUCUUUAAGCACUGACCUACAAACCCUGAGCACUACAGAACCUUAAACACUCAACUUAUUUUUAUAUCUAUAUAAGAGAAAAUGAAUACAAAGAACACUUUACAAUAGCUUUACUAUAGCUGUAACAGUACAGCAUGUGCUAGCAACACAAAGGUCCUGUUUGAUUCCCAUGGAGUGCUUGAGCAAGGCACCGAUGUUUUAAAUGUUAAAACCUCUGGUGUUUGUUUUUUUUAAUUUAUAAUUAAAGUGAAAGUCAUGUAUGUCAUAUAAGAGCAUCAGCAUCAAGGGACAGGGUGAUGAUUGUCAUUUUGGAUGUAAUGAUCAGUCAUGGACUUUGUUCUGUUGUUCAUAAUAACAAAGGACUGAACUCCAUGUAGUCUCCAGCUCCUCUAAUAUAUGUGUAGGCCUUUGUGAAGCACACCACAUUCAUUCAGACUCUCUGUCCUGGGUUUGGGAUUUAUGUAUAUAAUACAGAAAAACUGAAGCUGUUUUGUUCAAAUGUGACAUUCUUUGAUCUAAUAUAGAUGGCACAGAGAUUCUACAUAUUUUGAGAAAUAUUGUCCAGAUUUCAUUGUUGUUGACAUUUCUGUGAUUUUUAAACAUUAAUAACAGAAUUAUAAUCAAUGGAAUUCACUGAUUUUAUUCACAAGUUGUGAUACAUAUUUUUUUAUGUCUGACAUUGUCAUUUAAAAAUAAA